CAGAGUGCCUACACCGGACGUGGACGCCAGAGCCCUCAGGGUAGUUCGGAUAGAAUCUAGCAUGAGACAGAGUCAAACAACGUUGUCAGCAGAAACUUUACUGUGAGCAUAGGUCGAGACUCUGGGUCUGGCUUGUACUGGGAGCACCUCGCACGCAGACCCAGCAGAAGUAACCCUUGGCGCGGACAGCGCAACGCCAGCAUCCAAGCAAAACUCCGAGCCAGAGGCAGAGGCAAACAUCUGGUGGGGUAUACCAGCAGCCGGACCCAAGAACCUAGGACAAGAUAGAAGCUGGAACCAAGAGCCAGACGGUAGAACUCGACGCCGAUGCCGACGGUCAGCCCGAAGUCUUUGCUCUCUUGCAGUACCCAAUCGCCCGUGCACUUCUGUCCGCGCACCUCACGUCACGCACUCCGCACGUCCCCCCCCUCCCCCGAGCUACUUCUUUGCCCAGGUGUGACCACGACCAUGACAACGACGACCACAAAGAUCCCACUAUAGAAUUAGUGCUAACUUCAGUUAUAUAACUGCUCGUGCCUCUUCUGCGUUGCCUCAGCUCGUCUACCCAACGCUAGCCUCCCACACCUCCUACAAGUGAAAAAAGAAGGCGCCUGCCACGAGUGUGUUCGCCCGUGCUAAUGUGUGACUGGCAACGAUGCAAAAGAGAGAGUGAUGUAGUAUCUAGUGGUCAAGCGCAGCGCACGUAUGACUCAACUGGAUAUAUAGUAGACAGCCGACGUCACAACGUAAGACCCUGGGCUCGUCGCAAUCCUCACAGGGACAAGUAAUGAGUUGGCUUCCCAUGAAUGCUUCAAGACACCCAGAGUACGCUGAUUUUCACCGAAGAUUGCGUACUUUCACUGGCUUUCCCCAAACUUGUACUGGUGUUUUUGCACAUGCUGCUCUCGCCGAUGCAGGGCUAUUCUUCACAGGCACAAACGAUGAGACUGUGUGUUUCCACUGCGGCGGAAAGCUUCUAGGUUGGCAACCCGCUCAUGAUCCGUACAAUGAGCACGCUAGGGUGUAUCCCAGCUGCGAGUUCAUCCAGACGAAGCUGUGUGAGAGAUCUCUUGAAAACCGUUUACCACAUCGGGACGAUGACGUUAGCGAACCAAUGACAGAAGGUGAUGAUGGAGGGUACUACAGCAUCCACUCACGCAGUGAUGCCAGUAUUCCAAUAAGGAACCAUCACGAAGGUACUCGUGGGCUACAAACCGUUACCGAAGAUACUACAAUGCAUGCACAACAGUCACCGUUUCGUGCACCAGACGUGUGCGGUUAUAAUAACGCAGCGCCCGAGCCUGGAGGGAACGUGCACAGAAAGAACCGAUACACUGUACCACAUUCGAGGCCUGCUUUCCCGCACUACGCCACAUUAGCGAGCAGGGAAGAUUCUUUCCUCACCUACCCCAGUGGUGCAAAAGGAAACCGAGAAAAGAUGGCAAAAUCUGGCUUUUUCUACACAGGAAUUCAGGACCGUACAACAUGUUUCCAGUGCGGUAACUCCCUCUGUAGUUGGGUCGACGAAGACGAUCCUUUGGUUGAACACGCCAGAUGGUUCCCGGACUGCUCAUACGUUGAACUUAAGCUCGGCGAGGAGGCAAUCAGCAACGUCGUAGAAACCCAUAGAAACCUCCUCGCAGAGCGGCAAGCAAGAGAACAGAGUCUGAGUGACCACCUAACAGAACCCAUUUUGCGGGACCUCAUGCGGGCACCGUUGGUUCAUCGCCUUCUGCAGCAAAGUAUCGACCCUAGCAUCAUGGAGUUGGCCAUCCGAAAAAGGCUGAAUGACACAGGGAUGAUCGACGUGCUGGAGGAACGAGACUUGCGGAGUGCUCUGGCAGACGUCGUUUCUUUGCCAGAGAACGUCAAGGCAAAGGAAGUCUCCCUGACAGAGACCGGAAAUUUGAGCAAGUGCGUCAUUUGCACAACCGCCUACCGGAACUGCAUCUUUCUUCCUUGCAGUCAUCUUGUCACUUGUACAGAUUGCGCAGCACAGUGCCCUGCUUGCCCCACUUGCAAACGGCAGGUCGCCACACGAAGGAAUGUCUUCUUGGCCUGAAGCAGUUGUUCUCCGUGUCACUGCAUUUGAAACUGUUGUGAUUUGGUGACUUGUGUGAAACAAACUGUUGUGAUUUGGUAACACGUGAUUCCUCCCGUCAGGGUGAGCUAAGUCACCACUGAAAGCCCAGCGCAAAUCCAGUGAAGUAUACUAGGAGAAAAAAGAUAGCCGGAGCUCUUCUGGCUGCACGUAUAGCAUAUGUUUGUAAGUCAAACGUCGCCAUGCCAGUACUAGACAGCUGUUUCAGCCUUCUUGGGCGUCAUCAGCAGUACGCAGGCAUACAACGUUUGCCCUUGUCCUGUAGAAGAACUGUCUCCACUUCUGAUCCUUAUUGAAUAUCUGAUCGUAUGAGUCAGGUGUUUCCGGAACCACCCCGCGUUACUUAUCGCCGAGCAAGGAACAUCCCUACGAUGUGCCGAUGAGAGCCAGCAAGCUCGAAACGGCGGUCCACAGCUGGGAUUGUGGCACGCUUAACUUGUAACCAUAUGCGUCACGUGCAGCCAAGGAGCAUUCGCUCAUUUUCAUAUUUGUAUAUAUAUGUGUAUAUAUAUGCAGGGUGUUGAUCUCGUUGGUCGAGCUCAGUUUUGUCAUUUUAUGGCCAACCGUCGGGAUAAAGAAUGUUUCCAAGGUUUUACGGUUAUCACAGUGAGUGUAUUUUUGCUACUUAUUUCUGAUAGCCUGUUUAUGAAAUGUUUUUGAGAAAUGACAUGCAUCUGCGAACAUUUCCCAAUAGGGAAUUAUAUGUCUUCUACGUCGCCAUUAGCGAGCGAAUCCACGAAACACUGAAUAUGUUUAUCUGGCAGUCGGACUGCUUUGACUCGGGAAUUUCCCAAAAAUCACUGUAAAGAAACGUGUCGUUGAUUUGUUCAUAUUCUUUACAUUUAUUGCUGUAUAUAACGCUUGCAUGUUGUACACUACUGAGAUGUUUGCAUUGUCCAGUUUGGUAACUGUGUUUGAGGGGUGACAUAUAAAGUUAACUCUGUUGGUGAAUGCGUGAAUCUUUUCUUAAACAAGUAAUUACUAGAUGCAAUUGGAGUAGUUGUAGUUGGUCACUGUAUAAAUAAGUGUAAAUUGUUUUUCGACUAAUAACUUCUGGCUGCGACCCUGUCUUUCGUCACGAGGUGCGUGUACGACCCGUGAGUCCUGACCUUGGAUCAUGCAGUCACUAACAGGCAUAAGCUGAACGAGAGCUAAAGUAUUGUACACGUCCCCUAUUGUAUUGUAUUGUAUUGAGUCCCCUAUUAUAGUCAGGCUAGUGAAUUUCACACAUAUGUUGAAAUGCUGUGGCUAUUAGCUACCACUUGAUGGUGUUGCAAGGGCUGUUUCACUGCACUAGAGGUGAUACCUGCCUACAAAACGACUCUCCGUGUUGUGUACUUCUGCCUACGUUAUACACUGGGGUAGGUUUGACGAUCAUUCGUGGCGUAAUAGUCGCCUGACGACUAAGAUCAUGAACGGCACUCAAUGACCGGGGUCUGCCAGAGCGCAGGCUUUAUCCCACAUAGUUUUCCCUCCUUCCUGUUUUCUCCUGGUUCCUUCGAGAACGUUAGGUCUGUAGAUUGGAGGAGGGAGGAGGAGGAGUGUCGUUGGGAGGAACUCGAGAGGUCUGCCUGCCUGAUUAGGCGGCAUGUUUCUCGGGAAGGGAAGGGUGGUGGAGAGGAGGAGAGGAAAGGGUGAAAUGGAAGACCGAGCGGAAUCCGCUCGGGGGGAGGAUAGCUGCGUCCAUGGGCCGACUUCAGGGGAACUGUGCCGGCAUACGCCUAUUACACAUCUGAGGGAAACCCAGGAAAAACCCCAGACGGCACAGCCGGCCCGCGGAUUCGAACCGCGGACCUCCCAGUCUCCAAGCGCACGCGUUACCGCUGCGCCACCGGAGCUGGUGGUCUGUAGAUUAGUUUCUCCAACUGGAGCAUUUCGUUGACGUUAUACUUAAAUCUGUGGGCAACGUAUUUAAAGAGACUAUGGGAUAUUCCGAACACACAUGUAAAAUGCUCACUGAAAGCGGUUCUUCCCGGUAGGAGACUAUUCCGCUAGAAACGUGAAAUUGCGCCUUCGCACCUCUUCUCCCCUUUACUCCCCUCGCUUCUUUACCACUAAGGCGUUCGAGGGUCUGAACUGUUUCUGUAGCCGGCAUAAAACACAGCACAGCACACAAGCAAAAAAAACAAUCAACCAGAAUGCUGUCUGGACUUGCCACCAGCAAGAGUUAAUUGCGUUCUCCCACCGUCGACACAGCCGUGUGUACUUCGGAAAUAAGAAAAAUGUGACACUACACCCAAGCGCGACGGAGUGCAGUCAUAAAUACAGCAGGGCCAUUCCAGCCGAAACAAGCCAGAGGUGUAGCUGGACCCUAUUAGAUUUCGCUGAAAACAAUUGUACGCAUUCCGUUACGGGCAGGUCCCCCAAGGUCGCCAUUUUCCCAUGUAUUUGUUCCUAUCCCGAUGCGUGCAAUGCCGGAGGCCGCCCUUAGAUACGCCAUUGUUACCAGACGUUGGCUUGCGUUUGAUUGUAGCGCGCUAAAGAUCCAGUUGAAGCACAAUCCAAGCCAGGCCAAGUCACCGAAAGAGAAAUGGACGACUGCGCCUGCGGCACCUGGUACGACAGGUACGCUAUGUGAUGCACGCAGCCGUGCACUAGAUCCUUCCCGAUUGCUCAACACGUUUAAAAACGGGACCAAAAAGUGAAACACGACAUAGAAAGUUGUUAUACGCGUUUUAUUUGGACGUAUAAAGACGAGAUUCAUUCGCAGAAGCAACAAAAACAUUUUGCCGCUAAACUUAGCGCGCUGAAGUGAUCCGGAACGGCAACAGUGGGGUAUCUAGUGGCGGCCUUCUUCGUUGCACGCUUUUCCGAGGUGAGUUUGGGGCACCUGGUUACGGGUGUGUAUGCAGGAUAUAAACUUUUUUGUGUAUUCCACAAAGGCACAUUUGUUUUACUUCCUGGAAGACCUCAACUAACGAAUGAGCUGCAGCGGAGUAUGAUGAGGGAAAAAAAUCUUUUUUCUCGUUUAAGGAAAAAUACACCUGUAGAUUUUCAAUAUGUUAUAGGAGACGACUUGUUCUACAAAUGGCACGAUUGUUACAUUUCCUAGACGACCUCAGAUAUGGGAAAAUAAUAUCUGAACAGUGUCAUUUUAUACGAAUGGUCGAUAUUCUCGAUUGUAUAAUUAAGCAAUGAACACAGGUCAGCUUCAAAUUUUUAUGUGAAGAUAAUCUUUGUACAGUAUUUCAUGAGCGUAAAUAAUCUCGAGAUCCUGCGAGAAUACUAACUCGCCGAAAAUUAAUCGUGAACUUGGGCCAAAACGCGCUCCGUUCUUAAACUCUCACCACGUCACCAGAUUCGUUCUCGUUCCAUAUGCACUUGGGCUCAAUCUUGAUUUGCACAUAGCGAUCGUAUAGCUAUUUUUCAAAAUUUGCGCGCUCAUUCCGUCACGCGCAGUGGCCGUCAACCGGGGAGCACGAGCGUUUAGCGAGCGUUACGGGAUAGCGAAAAGUUCAAAAUCUAGCCAUUGGGGAAGGUAGAUCGACCCUUCUUCUCUAACACCAGGCAAAGAAAGCGCGGAAAUGUCGUCUGUAUGUGUCAGAGGGACGCGUGGAACAGACAACACUUUUUCAGGUUUGGGCUAAGUUCGAGGCGCGCCCAAUGCUCAAGAAAACGAAAUCUUGAGAAAAAAGUUUAUAUCCUACACACACACCCCUACAGGAAUGCAUACAAUUACACAAUUUUUUUUCAGCAAAAUCUAAGCUGGUCGAGCUAUACCUCUGGCUGGUUUGGCUGGAAUGGCCCAGCAGGGAUUUAACACGCUAUCGCUUAGCAAAACGGGAAACACACGAAACGUGCGUCGCAUUCCCCACUGCUUACCGUUCUGUCGUUCGCACGUGGAAUCGACAGGGGCUUCGGCGAAUGGGAGAGCAGCACGUCGCCGUACACGUCAUUUUACACCUUCGCCCUCCUCUGUUGCGCAGAAAACCAAACCACUUGCGGAGCGUGUGGGCUAUACCGAUAAUCAUCUCAUGGCGAGAGCGAUAAGUCGAGACGCGGGACGUGCGGCGUCGCAAAAAGAAAGAAAGAUAAAAAAAGGCGUUCGUCUCAGUAUUGACGAGGCACACGACGUUGCAGACUGGCAGCCGAGACCCAAGCAGCACAAUGUACUGAAAGUCGAGUGCAAUAGGGGUGGGCGGUAUGUGUCUUAUCAGUGUUCCUUGGUUUCACGCGUCUGUUCAAGGCCUUCCAUCUAUUCGUCCAUCCCUAUUGCACUCGACUUUCGGUACAUUGUGCUGCUUGGGGAGGAGCAGGUGUUCUGACGCCCCCCUCUUGAAGCACCUCUUGCGCUCCAGGAUUACGAGCAACACCCGCACUUUUUGCGCAAAUGUGUGUCCCAGAACUUGUAAUCCUAAUUUCUGGCUCUCCCGACAUCUUUGUUCUCUUGUCUUUCCAUACUCCUUUAAUUGGAAUGCGGCCUAACUCAAAGAAAAAGGGACCGAAAAUAGGGAAAUGGCACGAGCGCAUGUCAUUUUCCUGAAAAUGUCGGUAGCGUGCCAUUCUCUCCUUUCCACACAUGCCACAAUUCGUUGUCAGGAAAGCUGAAAUUUAUUAUCGCGAAUUCCCGGAAUUUUGGCUCAGCGGAAUUCCGAGAUUUUGGGACGUCAAAAUAUGCCUGGUUCCCGGGAUUUCGUUAAUGGCCCUUAUGAAAAUGAUUUUCCACUUUCUAUACAAUUCCAAUGGAUAAUCUAUCUCCUCUAUCCAGUUCCAAGACACUAGAUAGAAAGUUCAUUGAGAGUGGAUAGGUACUGUAUCUGUCAUAUUCUAUAGAUUUUCUAUACCAACAUCGCAAACAUAGUUCUUUCCAUUCUGAAUCUGUUCUGUAUACAUAUAAGCGAGUUCAUCAGUAAGUCUGGAUUUUGGGCCACGGUACAGUAUGACUUCAUGCAUAUUGUAUAAUAUUGUUAAUUACUCAACUGAUAAUUACACAGCAUAACUAUGAAUUGUAAUGAGCAGAAUUAUACUGUUUAUUAAUCAUUAUUAGGAAUAUACACUAUUUUAUCAAUUAAAUAGCAGAAUUUUUAACUGCGAUUAACUCUUAUGAAUUGUUACUAUUGUUUAUGGAAUAAAGCUGAUGAUGAUAA